UCUAGGCUGGUCUCCAACUUGCUCCGCAGCUCAGACGGGCCUCUAGCUUACUCUGCAGUCCAGGCUGGUCUCAGACUUGCCCUGGCUGGCCAUGAACACCCUGUGGGGCUUGGCUAGCCUGGAACUCAGCGCAAAACACCUGCCUCGGAAAGGAGUGUGCGUGGGUCCAAGUGGCACUAUGCAGGUCUCUGUUCCUGAGAGCACCCCACCUUCCUUCCCAGGCAGCUGUCAUCCUGCUUCUGGUCGUGCUGUUGGGGCUUCUGAUCUCUAGCUCUUCCAGGUGGCCUGUGAGUUCGGUGUACUGCGAGUUGUGCCCCAAAGCGGUGGGACCCGGGGCAGGGACUACUGCAUCCUUUACAACCCACAGUGGGCCCACUUGCCUCAUGACCUCAACAAAGUGUCUCUUCUGAAGCUUCGAGACUUGAGCACGACUCAGCUCUGUUCCCACCUCGAUGUUCCUGUAGAAGACUUCACCAACCAGAUCGCACUGGUGGCUCGGGGCAACUGUACCUUCUAUGAGAAAGUGCGGCUGGCCCAGGGCAGUGGGGCACAUGGGCUGCUGAUAGUCAGCAAGGAGAGACUGGUCCCUCCAAGAGGCAACAAGACACAGUAUGAGGAGAUAAGCAUCCCUGUGGCCCUGCUAAGCCACAGGGACCUUCAAGACAUCUUCAGGCGCUUUGGCCACGAGGUAAUGGUAGCCCUGUAUGCUCCGAGCGAGCCAGUGAUGGACUACAACAUGGUCAUCAUCUUCAUCAUGGCCGUGGGCACCGUCGCCCUUGGUGGCUACUGGGCUGGCAGUCAUGAUGUGAAGAAAAGGUACAUGAAGCAUAAGCGAGACGACGUCCCUGAGAAGCAGGAGGAUGAGGCGGUGGACGUGACGCCGGUCAUGAUCUGCGUGUUUGUUGUCAUGUGCUGCUUCAUGCUUGUGCUCCUCUACUACUUCUAUGACCGCUUGGUCUACGUGAUCAUUGGGAUCUUCUGCCUGGCCUCCUCUACCGGCCUCUACAGCUGCCUGGCACCCUGUGUGCGCAAGCUGCCCUUCUGCACGUGCAGGGUCCCCGACAACAACCUGCCGUACUUCCACAAGCGUCCACAGGCCCGCAUGCUGCUGCUGGCCCUCUUCUGUGUCACUGUCUCCGUGGUGUGGGGUGUCUUCCGUAAUGAGGACCAGUGGGCAUGGGUCCUGCAGGACACCCUGGGCAUUGCCUUCUGCCUGUACAUGCUGAGGACCAUUCGCCUGCCCACCUUCAAGGUGAGGGCUGCCAUGGCAGGGCAGGUCAAUUCCUGGUGGGGGGCUGAGGGCCUGGGCGCACAGGUCUCGAGGGCAGUGCUGGCUCCCACAGGCCUGCACACUGCUGCUGCUGGUGCUCUUCGUCUACGACAUCUUCUUCGUCUUCAUCACCCCCUACCUGACCAAGGUAGGUCCCCUCUACCCUCCCAGCUGCCCGCCCCUCCCCUGCCCUGGCUGACAACCUGUCUUGUGCAGAGCGGCAACAGCAUCAUGGUGGAGGUGGCCACUGGGCCCUCGAACUCAUCCACCCAUGAGAAGCUGCCCAUGGUGCUGAAGGUGCCCAGGCUGAACACCUCGCCUCUCUCCCUGUGUGACCGGCCCUUCUCCCUUCUGGGCUUUGGAGACAUCUUGGUGCCAGGGCUGCUGGUGGCCUACUGCCACAGGUUUGAUAUCCAGGUGCAGUCCUCCAGGAUUUACUUUGUGGCCUGCACCAUUGCCUAUGGCCUGGGCCUCCUGGUGACCUUCGUGGCUCUCGUCCUCAUGCGACAUGGCCAGCCUGCACUCCUCUACUUGGUCCCCUGCACACUGCUGACCAGCUGCACCGUGGCUCUGUGGCGCCGGGAGAUGGGCGCCUUCUGGACGGGCAGCGGUUUUGCGGGUGAAUUUCACCAUAGGAGUGAAUGGGAUUGCUCUGGAGGAGAGAGGGCAGGCAUGAGAGGGGAGAGCAGCGGGUCCCAUACAUCUGCCCAGGACUUGCUGCCCUGGGUGCUGAAUGGUACUGGGACUGGAUGGAGCUGGAUGGCCCUGGAUGGCAGGGGCUCGAUGUUUCUGGCUCUGGGUGGAGGCUGCAUGCCCCUUGCUCUAAGUACCCUGCCCCUGUGUGGAAUCUGCCCCGUGGGGCCUGCUCCCUACUGGUCCCGGUCUCACAGCCCCUCCUUUCUCCAGAAGGAUGCACCUCAGACCCCGUGGGCUGCACCCCAGGGACCUGUGCCUCCGAAGGAUGUGGAUGCCUCUCUCUCGGAGCAGCCUCGGGGUGAAGAGCUGGCCCAGAGCCCCCUGGCCACUGAGGAGGCAGGAGCCACAGACCCUGCCAAGGAUCCUGACAGCCCUGUGGCCGGUCCCCUCAGCCCCUCAAAUGGGGACCAAGUCCAGCCUAUACCUGUGGUGACCCCAGGGACCUCGGCCUAGGAAGAGGCAAUGUGAGAGCUGGGCCCUCGCAGCCUUCCAUGCCACACAGAUGCCGGCCACCUGGGACCUGCAGGGGACAGGGACAGCUGCCACCCACCAGAGUGACAGACCUGCGCUAUGUCCCUCCAACAUGGUGCUCAGCCCUCUGAGGCCUCAAGUCCGUACUCCCUCCAGCUGCACCCCAGCGACCAGCUCUGCUUCGCACCGGGCCGUGAGCUUCGCCUGCUGCCCACUCCAUGCAAGGCCAUGGCUGCCGUUGGUGCUUUGCUGAUGCUCGCCCUGCGGGUGACCCAUGACCGCUCCUCCCUCCAUAGGAUGGGGCUCUCUGGGGCCAGAGCAACAACCCCAUGGAGCAGGCUCCUGUGCUGGGAGCAGCCUUGAGGGGCCUAGAUAGGGGCACCCUGCCCAAGGGCCUGGGCUUAUGCAAGGGGACCAGACCCCUUCAGGAGAGUCCGAGCCGAGAUGGAGUUGAGGUUGCUGGUCACUGCUGCAAGCCAGCAAACAGCGCCAGCUCCAGGUUCUGCAGCCGAGUAGGAGUUGGCCAGGUGUAGAUGGCCACGUCCCCAGCAAAUCGAUCAGCCCAGGUGUGUGAGUCUUCCAUGCAGGGGCCACUGCCCUCUGCCCCAGCAGUGGCUUCUGGACUGGCGUCUGUCCUCUACCUCACCAACCAGGCUCUGGACUCCAGGACAGACCUGCCUGCAGGAGCCCUCCACACAUGCUGCAUGUCACUGAGGCUGAAGCCAAGGUCCCCACAGGCUGUGACCGAUCGGGAGCCAUGGCCACCCACACUUGCAUGGAAAAGGGUGUCUGUUACAGGCUGACAGGCAGUGACAGCUGGGUGGUCCCCCUAGAGCUCUGGGGGGUGGUAGGGGAGGACUCCCUAGGCACCCAGUCUAACCAGAACUGAGGGGCAGAGGAGUGCAGGCCCAGCCACCUGCUUCUGCCAUUGGACUGAGCCAUUUUGUACUGGGUGUCCAAGCAGUCCUGCUCCUCUGAGUGGUGGAGGUGCUCUGCGGGGUGCCCGAGGGCCCUGGCUUUUGGUUGUCAGGGGAUUAAAUACCUUUUCAUACUCACA